UAUGCGCAUGCGCUUUGGUUGCUACGGAACUAGGCGGUGGGAUCUAAUGACCGGUUGUGGCUAGCCGCUAGCUUGUUCUUUCAAGUGGGAAUUCUUAAAAAGUUGUCUUCCUCUCUGUCUGCCUGCUGACCCUGUGCGCUCGAGGCGGUUCCGGUGCAACUGAAUCUCGCUUGUGUGGAGCUGCACCAUCAGGAUGUCCUGUCAGUACCACCACCACCUCCUCCUGCUGCUGCUGCUGAGUGUGGGAGUCUCUGCGGUGGAAGUCCAACGCCCUCGCGGUGUCCCUUUAUCGAAACGGCAGUUCUAUGAAGAGGGAAAACCAUUUACUUGCCUGGAUGGCUCCCGCACUAUUCCCUUUGACAGAGUGAAUGAUGACUACUGUGACUGCCGAGACGGCUCAGAUGAGCCAGGCACUGCUGCUUGUCCCAACGGCAGCUUUCACUGCACCAAUGCAGGUUUCCGACCAGCCUUCAUCCCCUCCUCCCGCAUUAAUGACGGAAUCUGUGAUUGCUGUGACACAACAGACGAGUACAACAGUGGUGCUGCCUGCCAGAACACCUGCAGGGAGUUGGGACGCAAAGAGAGGGAGAGCCUGCAGAAGAUGGCAGAGAUUGCUAAGGAGGGCUUUUUGCUAAAACAGCAACUUAUCCAAGAGGCCAAGAGGGGGCUAGAGGAUAAGAAGGCUAAACUUGGAGAUGUUCAGGUCAGUAAGAAGGAUCUGGAAGACAAGGUUGAGGCUCUGAGAACUGUUAAGGAGACUGCAGAGCAGCCAGAGAAAGAAGCUAAAGAGCGCCAUCUGAAGGCCUGGGAAGAUCAGAAAGCUCUCAUUCGCAUGGAGAAGGACAAAGCUAAAAUGACUGAGGUGUUUCUGGAACUCGAUGAUGAUGCAGAUGGCUUUGUUUCAGUGGCUGAGCUUCUGUCUCAUUCUGAACUCGAUCUAGAUUCAGAUGGUUUCACUGAAACAGAGGCUCAGGGAUUACUGGGAGGAGUGGACAAAGUGGACACAACAGCAUUUGAAACUGUUUGGAGCAACAUCAAAGACAAAUACAUUUCAGAGAUGGCCCCACCGCCAGUGGAGACUCCACAGGAGGAGAUGAGGGAACCAGUAUCUGACAACGAAUCCGAGCAGUAUCCUGAAGACCCUGACAUCCCAGAGGAUGAAGAGGAGGAUGAUGAGGAGGAUGAGGAUGAUGACCAAGAUGAUGGAGACUAUAAGCCCCCUCCUACGAUGCCAACUCAGGAAAAGAAGGAUGACGAUGAUGAGGGGACUAUGCCACCCUAUGACCAAGAAACUCAGAACCUCAUUGAUGCUGCUCAGAAGGCCAGGGAUGAGUUUGAUGAGGCUGAGAGAGCUCUCCGGGAAGUGGAUGAUCAGAUCAGGAACCUUGAGAAGGAAAUUUCCUUUGACUUCGGACCCAGUGCUGAGUUUGCCUACCUCUACAGCCAGUGUUAUGAGUUAACUACCAGCGAGUACAUCUACAGGCUCUGUCCGUUCAACAGAGUUUCACAGAAACCUAAGUAUGGUGGAUCUGAAACUAAUCUAGGAACAUGGGGGAAAUGGGCAGGUCCUGAGGAUAACAUCUAUUCCAUGAUGAAGUAUGAACAUGGAACAGGAUGCUGGCAAGGCCCUAACAGGUCCACUACGGUUAAGUUAACAUGUGGAAAGGAGACAGUUGUAACAUCUACCUCAGAGCCCAGUCGUUGUGAAUACCUGAUGGAGUUCACCACCCCUGCUAUCUGCCAUGAGCCCCCGAGCCUGGAUUCAGUGCUUCAUGAGCACGAAGAGCUCUAGGUCCACUUGAUUUCUUUUUCCUUAGGGACCACAUGGUCACUGCAGCAACACAAAGUUUCCGUGCUGUGAGCGACACCACCAUGGCGUCGGUUAACAAACAAGGGUAAAUGAUGGAAAUUCCAAUAAGUUACAUUGUCAGCACUUCUAACUUCCACUGCUACCUGUUGUGUUGAUUCUCUUAUUUGACAAAUGUAGUGUCAUUCCAUUGUUUUGAAAUAAAAUUCUUUUUAUCAUA